AUGCCCCAACCAUCACCAUCGUCACCAUUUACAUCACUGCUGUCCAUCGUUAUUUUAAUAUUCCUGCCCGGUCUUUUGGCUUCCGCCGCAGGGUGCCGCGCGGUGUCGUGCAUCCAGCGUGAUGCCAAACGGGCCCGGAGCCGCCGCUGCCGCCUGCUGGCUGCAGUACCUCGACCUGAACGGGACUGCCAGGCCGUGGAGGACGGCGCGCCUCCGCGUUCAUCGUCGCAACUGCCCGCACCUGUCUACCUCUACCUCCGCCGCUGCGUGCGAAUCACCGAUGCUGGAAUAAAAUAUGUCCCCAGUUUCUGUUCCAUGUUAAGAGAACUUAGUGUAUCAGACUGCAAUCAGGUUACUGAUUUUGGUCUGUAUGAACUUGCAAAACUGGGGGCUACUCUACGAUACCUGUCUGUUGCAAAAUGUGAUCAAGUAUCUGAUGCUGGUCUUAAGGUGAUUGCCAGACGCUGUUACAAGUUGCGAUACCUGAAUGCAAGAGGCUGUGAGGCAGUUAGUGAUGAUGCUAUCACAAUGUUAGCUCGCUCAUGUCCUAGAUUGCGAGCUUUGGACAUAGGGAAAUGUGAUGUGAGUGAUGCUGGAUUACGUGCCUUGGCAGAGAGUUGUCCAAAUCUAAAGAAACUCAGUCUUCGCAGUUGUGAUUUGGUCACUGACAGAGGGGUGCAGUGCAUUGCCUACUAUUGUCGAGGACUUCAACAAUUGAAUAUACAAGACUGUCAGAUAUCACUUGAAGGUUACAGAGCUGUAAAAAAGUAUUGUAAACGUUGUAUAAUAGAGCAUACCAAUCCUGGUUUCUUCUGAUUUAGGUUAUUAUUGUUAAAAAAAAACUAGUAUUCUUAUAUAAGUGCAUUUGGCUUGAAAACAAGUUUAAUAAUAGAAAUUACAUUUAUUGAAAAUCUUCUAUGACUUGAAUCUGGUAGCAAGCAAUGUAUUGAACUGAAAGAUGGACCCAGGAAAUUGUUUUAGAGCAGAGAAAGCUGCACAUCAGUGGAGGAAGAUACAGAGCUAGGUAUGAAGAAUGGGCAAAUUGAGAUCUGAUGUGAAACAAUUUAAAUACAUCCAUGUAAUGCAGUGAUCUAUUAAGCAGAAAGAUAAAGCUGGAAAUUUUACUUGCUACUGCAGAUGCUUAGACCAGUGAUUACCUUGAGGAGAAGAGUUAUUGCCGUAACUGCCCCUCCGUGUGGCUCUACUCCUUAUUUUACUACUGGAGUGCAUCUAUUGCUUUUGCCAUAUUUUGAGAGUGUCAAAGCUUACUUAUUGAGAUAAUUUUCAAUUCAUGUGUUCACAUAAGUUCAAUUACCAUUGCUUGGCAAACUGAAACUGAAGCUCAGAGUGACUAGUGUGAUUUCAAUUAAUUGUGUACCAAGUCAAAAAAACAUUUUUAAUAUUAUGGAAUUAAAAUGAUCCUCAAUCCCAUAGUAUUAAAACAUUUUUGGUGC